AUGAUUAAAGCAGGACUUAACGAGAAUGAGCUGCAGGCUCUCCGAAGACUGGGUGGUGAGCCAAAUAUCCAGUCUUCAAAUUUCCAAUCCUCCUCCUCCAUGAUUUCCCACUCCCUGGCCGAGGCCAGCUCAUCAAUGCCUGUCCCAGAAACCCCAUACUCCGGUGUCACAGUCAAGAUCGAAUAUGCUGGAGCAUGCUUUGAUGAAGGUCAGACCAGACGCAAACGAUUGUCACUCAAGUUUCCUGGCAAUGAAAUCGCUGGCACAAUUUAUGACAUUGGUGCCAAUCUGCCCAAUAGCAACUACACUGUUGGUGACCGUGUGAUCAUAGUCCCUGAUGAUGACAGCAACACUGGAUACACUGAGUUCCUCCCAGUGGAAGACACAUCCCGAGUCAUCCAGGUUCCAAAUAAUGUCCCUCUUGAAGUUGCUGCCAUGUUGCCAGGCAGUGCUUUGACAGCCUAUGCUGCAGUCAACUGCGCCAAACCUCAUGUGGAGAAACUGCGCAAAGUUAAAUCUUGUGUAAAUGUUUUGGUUGUCGGGGCUGGUGGACUCGGUCUGUGGACCAUCAAGUUGGCUAAGUACUUCCUGGGUCAUGACUGUAACAAUGUCCGGGUGUUUGUAGCAGAUAACAGCAUCGACAGACUCCUGACCGCCCAGGACCACGGCUGCUACGACAUCAUUCACUGGAACGAAGAGGAUCACGAACAGUACAUCCAUGAGCGAACACUGGACUCUUGCCGAGGUGGUGUUGAUGUCAUCAUUGACUUUGUUGGGUCUCACAGAAGUAUGCAGAGAGCCCUGAAAGUUCUGAACAGAGAGGGUGUGAUCCUGGUUGGUGGAAACUCCACGUCAGAGACAAAUAUCUCUCUGACAGCCCUUGCUGCUAAACAACAGAGCAUUGUUGGCAUUCCCCAGGGUAACCUCAAUCAGUUGAUUGAGUUGCUGAACGCUGUUGCUGACAAAACGCUGGAAGUCCCACAGUACCAGGUUUUCCCAGUGGAUGAGGCCAACAAAGUAUUUGAAGACUUAACAGAAUGCAGAAUCACAGGCAGGGCAGUGUUCAAAUUUGGAUCACAGUCCAGCGCACAUCUUGUAGACAACCAUUAA